GUAUUGUUCCUGUAUACAGAUGUCAAUCAUGAUGGCUUUUCAUCUGACUCUUCUGCUCAUGAUUCAAGAUCUUCAGGUGGAGUCUUCGGAUCCUCCAAAAGAGACUCAUGUGGUAAUGAAUCCAUCUGGUGUAAUAAUGGAGGGUGAUUCAGUGAAUCUGACCUGCAGCAGUGAAUCAAAUCCACCUGUUCAGAACUACAGCUGGUUUAAAGUGAAUGAAACAUCACCUGUUGGAUCUGGACAGACAUACAGCAUUACUAACAUUAACUCCAGUCACAGUGGAUGGUUUUACUGUGAGGCUCAGAAUGAAGUCGGAUUUCAGAGAUCUGCAGCUGUAUCAGUCAUUGUGAAUCAUAGCCCUGAUUAUAAACUACUGUUUGGAAUCGCAGGGGCAUGUGCAGGAUUUAUCAUCAUCACCACAAUUAUCACGCUUAUAAUGUACAUUAAAAGGAGGCAAAUGAUAACUAGGAAAAGAUCUGCUGUUAAUGAGUAUGAGACUGUUCAUUACAAAAGUCCCGAAGACACAUACACAGCUCAAAGCUGCACUUUUGUACAAGAGAAUCUAUCAGCAGAUUUCAGAACCACAGGUGAUAACAAUACAAUCACUUAUAAAUAACAGUCAAUCCUUCUAUCUAUAUCACCUACAGUAAUAAAACAACUUAAUU